AUGAUCGAACUACAGACCAUAACAACUCCCGCCGCACAACAGAUCGGAGCACCUCCCGCCGCACAACAGACCGGAACACCUCCCGCCGUCGCACAACAACAAGAACAAACACUAACCGGAAGAUUCUUCAAAGGCCUCUUCACGGCUAUCUUCUACUCGCAACUGAUCCUAAUCUCGAUCUUGGUCAUCUUUCUCACGCUUCGAGGUCUUGUCUUCACCAAAUCACCAAGAUUCCACCCCAAGAAAUGGUACAUUCCUUUGCUAGCUUCUGUUGCUGUCUCUGGAGUUGUCUCUUUAGCCUGGCAAUGCUUCUUCGUCUGCAACAUAGCAAGAACAGUAAAUGCGACGUUAUGGUUCACACCGAUACUCACAGUCACGCUUGGGGUCUUCUUAUUAGCAUACGGUCCAUCUUUCCAGGGAUCGGUUUGCUUCUUGAAGCGUGAAUUCACGGUCAAGAUAAUGUUAAUCUCCACAGGCGUAACACCUGAAAGAACCAGAGCAAUAGCAGUUGUAUCAGUGAUCUUAAGCGUCUUUUACUCUGCUUUCUUGGUGGCUGGAAUCGGAGGAGCUACUGCUACAAGAUCACGUCUUGAUAUUCUUUUCAUCUCUAUAAUCGUCAUAAGCUUGGCCUGGACAAUGCAAGUUCUCAAAAACGUACAACAAGUCGCCAUUUCUAAAGCUACAUAUGUGUACUUUGCGCGUGAUGAGUUUAUGAAUGCGUGUAAUGCUCUUAGCGUCACUGUGAGAAACCAGCUGGGGACCGUUUGUAUUGGGUCAACACUAGUUCCAGUUUUUGUACUCGUCAGGGGAACUAUCCGAGGCAUUCACCCUCGGGAAAUGUAUGCAACUGAUCGAGACUGCUCUUGGAUUGCCAAUCAUAUGAUUUUAUACGGAAACAGAUGGGGAUUUGUUCAUGUAGGAGUUUACAACAAAAGUUUUGUGCAAGGGUCGGGUGAUACCUGGAGAACAUUCAGAAGAAUGGCUGGAUUAGAGGAAUUGAUUGAUACUGACCUCACCAGCUCUAUCUGCUUCCUUAGCGCCUUUGCAGUUGGCGCAAUCUCUGCUUUAACUGCAGGAAUAUGGGAGUUUCUGAUCCAUAAGGAUUACAUCUUUAGCCUGACUCUCUAUGCAUUUAUCAUCGGAUACUUCGUGGGGAGAGUUUCUUCUGCGUGGCUACAAGGAUGUGUGAUGGGUUACUAUGUGGCUUAUUCUGAGGAUCCACAGAGCGGUAACUUUGAUAAUACAAUUCCACAACGUAUUGCACGGCUAGAUAUAGAAGCGGCACAAAGAGAAGCCUCCAAUGAAGUACGGGAGGAGGACGAACAAAAUAUAUCAUACAUGUAG